GACAGGCUGAAAAGUGUUUGCUGAAAAAAAAAGAAGGCUGUAGGCCUAUUUAGUACAAUCUGAUAACAACAUCAGAUUGUCAACAAAAUAAUGUGAAUGUUCAAUCUUGAAUUAAGCAAUAACAUUUAUCUACCAGUAGCCUAAUAAAAAAGGUAUUGAACAGGCAGUGCUAUAAUGAAUCUUCGAAUGGGAGAUUGACGAGGUUAGGGGCGUGUGUGACGCGUGUAGCUGUGGCAGACACUCGUCCACGGAGAAUAGAAGAGAGAGAGAGAGCGUGCAGGGGAGGGAGGAGGAACUAAAAGAAAAAAGUUCAAACUAAAAAUGGCUUCCUUGUCUUUGGAGUCUGCAGAACAAUCCGAGAAUAGCACGGAGGAGUCUACCCAAGAGGCCGCUCUGGUAAAAGAGGAGACGGAUCCGGAUGAAGUUUCAGAACAAUUGCUAAAAACUUUCCAGAACUCGGCGCUCAGCUUUUCGACAGAUCAAGUAGCAUGUCUGUGCGAAGCCCUUCUACAGGCGGGCAAUGUGGAUCGCCUGUGGAGAUUCCUAUCAACCAUCCCUCCUUCGGCCGAGCUGCUACGUGGCAACGAGACGCUGCUCAAGGCCCAGGCACUAGUCGCUUUCCACCGGGAAGAAUUCAAGGAGCUGUACGCAAUAUUGGAAAGCCACGACUUCCACCCCAGCAACCAUGGGUUCCUGCAGGACCUCUACUUGCAGGCGCGCUACAAGGAGGCGGAGAGGUCCCGAGGUCGUAGCCUGGGCGCCGUGGACAAGUAUCGGCUUCGGAAGAAGUUUCCCCUGCCGAAAACAAUCUGGGAUGGAGAGGAGACUGUGUAUUGUUUCAAAGAGAAGUCUCGCAAUGCACUGAAAGAGUGUUACAAAGGCAACAGGUAUCCCACUCCAGACGAGAAGAAAAACUUGGCCAAAGUGACUGGACUCUCCCUCACGCAAGUUAGCAAUUGGUUCAAGAACCGACGGCAGAGAGACCGAACCCCGUCCGGUACCAACAGCAAAAGUGAGUCCGAUGGUAACCACAGCACAGACGAUGAGGGUGAUGACAUCUCAGACAAACCAGAGGACAUUGUGGGCUCCACAGCCUCCAUCUCCCUCUCUGGCACCCCCUGCAGCACUGGAGGCCAGCUCUUCCUCAACGGGGCAGGUGGGUUCCUCACCGCCUCCCACCCCUUACUCAUCAACGGGGGCUCCCUGAUCUCCGGGGCAGGGGGUGGCGUCAUCAUCAACGGGCUGACCCUGAGCGAUGGUCACACGGUUACCCUCAGCCCCAUAUCGGCUAACUCACCUCUGCUCUUCAAUGGAGCGCAGGUCAUAUCCAAGAGCAGUGAGGAUAUGGGUCUUGAGGGCCAGGGGGUUAUGGCCAUGGAGGCCCAGCCCAGCUCUGCCAUCUCCCUCCCUCUGACAGAGGAUCUUAAGACGGACAAUGUAAGCCUGACGAACCCCUCAACCAUCCCCACCCUGGACUUCAUCAAUGUCCCAGAGGGGAUGGUUCUCAAAGCCGAGGACAUCCAGACAGUCUCUCCUUCCUCCUUGUCUUCCCCCUCAACAUUCUCCCCCACCUCCCUUUCCUCCCUGGUUCUGACUCAAAAUGGCUGCCUCUCCGACACCCUCACCCUUCCGGUCUCUAUGUCCUCUCCGGGUGUGGUCAUCUCCAGCCCUGUAGUGGGCCUCCCCAGCCAGCAGGGGGAGUAUGUGGUGUUUGCCACGGCUGGUUCUCAGCUCACCCCCUCCAGCUCCAUCUGCCAGGUGGUGUCCUCCUACAGCUACUCCACCCCACAGGUAUUCUCCCUGCCUCAGGUGGUGCCCUCCAUCCAGGGUGUCCCCGUAUCCCAACUGGUCCAACACACACCUGGAGGCCAGGUGUCCCAGUGUCCCCAGUUAAUCCCGGUGUCCCCCCUCACCUCCUCUCUCCCCCAGGGCACCCUCUCCCAGUUCCAGGCCCACCAGACUCUGAACAUUGCCCCCCGCCUCGCCCAACCCCUCCCCCAGCAUCAUACUAGUUCCUCUACGUUGGGAGAGGGAACCACCAUCCUCUCCCUUUCCCAGCUCCCCAACGGACAGCUCCCCCAGGGACUCACACUCCAGCUGGGUGAACAGACCUCAGCUACCAUCCCCACUCUGACCCAGAUCCAGUCCCCACUAGGCCAUCACCAGAUCAUCUCUCAGUCCAAAGAGACAAUCCCAGGCCAGUUGGUUCCCCUCUCCCUGCCCCAGCUGGUGCCUGUCUCCUCCACGGGACAACUCUCCUUCCCUCAGGUGGGCCCGUCCACCCCUUCUCUAUCUGGAUCUGGUGGAGCCUUCCAGAUCCUAACCUCGGCCCCUGGAGGUGGGAUGACUCAGGGGCCCUUCAGGAUAAACCAGCUGGGACCCCUCCAGACUGUAGUCCCCCCGACCAGCAUGGCUCCUGGUGUCCAGCUCCUCAACUCCGGGGUCAUUCAGCUCCCCUCCGCCUCGCCAGGGAAUCUCCUCUAUGGUGGAAGCCCCAUCCUGAGUUACCAGAACGGCAAGCUGAUCCUAACUAUCCCAGCUGGCAUCCAGUUCGGCAGCCUGCCCAUGAAACCCGUCCCUGAGGCUUCUAACCACCACACCAACGGAGUAGGCCCUGGACUCACCCUCAACCCUGUAAUCCAACCUACACCUACCCUCCUCCCAGUCUCCACCUCCGUCCCAACGUCCAACACCCUCCAGACAUCCCCCCUCUGCUUCAUCAACUCCUCUCCGCUCUACUGCAAUCCUGAGAUGGGUGUCCCCACCAACCAGCCCCACUCCACCACCUCCCCACACACCCUGGACCUCUCUGCCACCCACACCCCUCCCAAUGCCCUCACCCCAGAGAGCAUGCUCUCCCUCAGCCCCAUGUGCAGUGGAGUGACCCCCACCACUCAGCUCUCCCACACCACCUGGAGCCCUGUCCCCCUCUCCACCUCUGCCAGCCUGACUAUGUUUGACGUCCGUGGGAAGGGAGAUCUGCCCGAGGACCCGCCUCUGCUGGACCUACCUGGAGGCGAGGCCCUGCUACUAGGCAGCACCUCUCCAGAACAGGAUGUGGACAGGGGGUCGCCGUUGGGGGACCCAGUGGAGAUGGAUGGAGACCCCAAGAUCCUCACCCAGCUACAAUCAGUCCCUGUGGAUGAUGGGUUGGGGCUGUAAUCCAGUCCCCCAGCCCACACCACCACAAACUGUUAUAGAACAAUCUGGAAGGUUUUGUUUGUCUGACCUCAGUGCUCCCCUGGCUAGGUUUGCAUUGAGGAGUGGACAGGCUUUGACUCGUAAGAGAAAGGUGCUUUGACUAAAUAAAUCCUCUGCCGAUGAUCCUUUGGAUAAACCGUCAUGGGAUAGGCUGAUUGUAUGCAACGCGGAAUGACCUGGAGGAUGGCCUUUCAUACAGGCUAGCCUAUUCCCUGAUUUGUGUUACUCAACUGUCCACUGCUUAGUCUCCACAAUUUAAGCACUCAUCUGCCUUCCAUAAGCCCAGAGCCCUUCCUGUGUCCAGUCAGAGCACAACGUUUAUUUGUAAGGACAUUCUGCUACUUUUGUGCACAGACGUGCGUUUCAGCCAAGACUAUUUGUACUACAAGGGAAUGAAUGCCUUGGGUUUUAUAUGUGGUGUUGGUUGAGCAGUAUGCCACGGCCAGGCUCUGUCUUAAGUCUCUAAACACAGUCAAAUGCAGACACAGACGAGCGUUCAGUCCUGUUGAGUUGGUGGUUCUGCAUGGCUGGCUGCUCACUCUAGUGUUGGUGUAGUUUUGAGUGCUGCCGAGUAUUGCACGGUUUGGCCUCGGUGAAGGCUACAGAGAGUGGACUGACAGUGGCACCAGAGACCCCGGACUUCUAGCUUUGAGAUGGACUGUGUACCCCUCUCUGUCAAAACUGGUCACCAGUGUCACCGCAUCAAGGGCGCCGGCUCAUCAUUUAACUACAUGUUGGUAUAAAUGCUAAGCGCUAUCGCAUCUGAGGUAUGUAGGAGGAAAUGGGAGUCCCCUGAGAUUUCUUUUUUUAUUUUUUAUUUUUUUACUCUAUGCAAUCAAUGCAUGUUCCUCGUGUAAAUAUGACCAUGUGACACAGAUAUGACAUGUAUUACAAGCAGUAUGUAAGCAAGUCUAAUUGGGAUAGACCAAGCUUUUAUUAACGACAAGCCUUUUUAUACACUA